AGCCUGCAACCAAUCUCGCCAUACCAUCCCUCUCCGCAACUUCAAUGGUCCCGUAACAUUAACACGCGACACCAACAAAAGAUCCGACCCUGAUGCCGAUAAAACUAAACUCAUCACGAAAGGCCCCGGGCCCCAGGAUCCAGAUCCUUACACCCGACGUCGCAAAAGCGCGAUCAUCAUCCCCACCAACACCAACACCCUCACCUGCCCCGUCUCCAUCCACCCAACCCUCCCCCAAGCCACCUCGCAAACCAUUCUCCUUCUUCUCGCACUUUCGAAGUCGCUGCGCGACGCUCCCCGUUCCUCUACGUAGAGGCUUCCGUAUUUUUCGCAUUUUAGCGCCCAUCCUCCCGAUUGGACUCUUCUUCUCCGAGCAUGUCCUUGGGGUCAUGUGGGUUAGCGGGCCGUCAAUGACGCCCUACCUCAAUGAGGAUUAUGACCUGAUGCACACGAAGCGCGAUAUGGUACUUGUGAACAUGUGGCCGUGGGGUGGAGCGGGUUGGCCCUGGGAGCGGACGAGGAGGUUAGAGAGGGGGAUGAUUGUUACCUUUCGGUCGCCGGCUAAUCCGGGCCAUAUUGCUAUCAAACGUGUGGUUGGGCUUCCUGGGGAUCGGAUUACGACUCGGGAACCGUGUAUGAAACCCUCGCAGAUCGUGCCUUUUAAUCAUGUUUGGUUGGAAGGUGAUGCGGAGGAUCCAAAGAGGUCACUUGAUAGUAAUACUUAUGGGCCUGUGAGUAUUAGUCUGAUUACAGGUAGGGUGAUGGCUGUGACAUGGCCGCGGUUUAGGUUGCUAAAAUGGUCGGACUGGGAGAAGGGGCUUGUCGAGGGUGAUGAUGAGCGCAGGUUAGGGGAUAAUUAUCGGCAGGAGGUAAGAGACCGUGUAUCGAAAGAGGCCGUUAAGUUGGAACGGCCUAUCUUGUCAUAAAAUUUUCCAACUUGGUUGCCAUAGUAGUUAAUUUGUACUGUACAUAAGGCUCACUAUUAAAAUGCAGGUAUGAAUGUGUAAAAGGUGGGAAAAACUAGGG